CGUUACUGUUAUAAAUUGUUUAUUAGUAAGUUUAUUAAUUUUGUUUUGUUUAUAUUUAUUUAUAGAUACAGAUAGUAUAGAAAGCACUCCAUUUGGUUUCUGCUUUCUUAAGAAGCCACAGAUAGGGCUCGCUUGGAUUCGCGGAAUUUCUGUGGAAUUUGAUCAAGGAAGAGAGGGUUCGUAGGAAGAUUCGCAGGCAUGGCUUUCCAGGCGAAGAAACUCAUCAAUGAUCCAAAUGAUGUGGUAACGGAGUUCAUCGAGGGUCUUGUGGAAACUUAUCCUGGAUUGCAGUACCUGGAUGGUUUUCCUCAGGUUAAAGUGGUCUUACGUGCUGAUGUUUCGGGUGCAACGUACAACAAAGUUGCAGUUAUAUCAGGAGGAGGAAGUGGUCAUGAACCUGCCCAUGCUGGUUUUGUGGGGGAAGGGAUGCUGACAGCAGCUAUAUGUGGAGAUGUUUUUGCCUCCCCAUCAGUUGAUUCAAUUCUAGCUGGUAUUCGAGCUGUUACUGGUCCCAUGGGUGCUCUUCUGAUUGUCAAGAAUUAUACUGGCGAUCGGUUAAAUUUUGGUUUGGCUGCCGAGGAAGCAAAAUCUGAGGGAUACAAAGUUGAGAUUGUCAUUGUUGGUGAUGAUUGUGCCUUACCACCACCUCGAGGCAUAGCAGGACGAAGAGGCUUGGCUGGGACUAUUCUUGUUCAUAAGGUUGCUGGAGCUGCUGCUGCUGCUGGCCUUUCGCUUGCUGAUGUUGCUGCAGAAGCAAGACAUGCAUCUGAAAUGGUUGGAACGAUGGGUGUUGCAUUAACUGUAUGCACACUGCCAGGUCAGGUCACAUCUGAUCGUCUGGGUCCAGGAAAGAUGGAACUUGGUCUUGGGAUUCAUGGGGAACCUGGGGCAGCUGUUGCUGACCUUCAGCCUGUGGAUGUUGUGGUUUCUCAUGUUCUUAAGCAGAUUUUAUCACCGGAAACUAACUAUGUUCCGAUCACUCGAGGAAACAGAGUGGUGCUCCUCAUCAAUGGCUUAGGUGCCACCCCUGCAAUGGAACUGAUGAUUGCAGCAGGAAAAGCAGUCCCUAGAUUGCAGCUGGAACAUGGACUAGCUGUUGAUAGAGUGUAUACAGGAUCAUUUAUGACUUCUCUUGAUAUGGCAGGAUUUUCAAUUUCUGUAAUGAAGGCAGAUCAAGCAAUUUUGCAACGUUUGGAUGCUGCGACUAAGGCUCCACAUUGGCCUGUUGGUGUUGAUGGUAAUCGCCCAGCUGCCAAGAUUCCUGUUCCAAUGCCACCUUGUCGUUCAACAAAGAGUGAUGAGUCACUAAGCCGGCCUCAACUGCUGAAUGAACAAGGCUGUAUUCUUGAGGUGGCUAUUGAAGCAGCAGCAAACUCAGUUAUCAAUCUUAAGGACUGGUUAAAUGAAUGGGAUAGCAAAGCAGGUGAUGGCGACUGUGGGUCUACCAUGUUUAGAGGUGCAACAGCUAUUUUGGAGGACAUGAAAAAAUUUUAUCCUCUGAAUGACCCUCCAGAAACAGUAAAUGAAAUUGGAUCUUCUAUCAGAAGAGCUAUGGGCGGAACGAGUGGGAUCAUAUAUGAUAUAUUCUGUAAGGCGGCAUAUGCACAGCUAAAAGGCAACACCAAAACAGUUGUUACAGCAAAACAAUGGAAAGAUGCACUUGAAGCUUCCAUUGCUGCUGUCAGUAAAUAUGGAGGGGCUAUUGCAGGCUAUCGCACAAUGUUGGAUGCUCUUAUUCCAGCAUUAACCGUUCUUCAAGAGAGGUUAGAUGCUGAAGAUGACCCUGUCACUGCUUUUGUUCUUUCAUCCGAAGCAGCAUUGGCUGGGGCUGAGUCCACCAAACACAUGCAAGCACAAGCUGGCCGCUCAAGCUACAUCUCCGGAGAGAUACUAGCAUCAGUUCCAGACCCGGGUGCCAUGGCUGCAGCGUCUUGGUACCGAGCAGCGGCCUUAGCUGUCAAGGACAAAUGCAUGGCUUCAUGAGGAGCUCUACUCCUUUUUGGUUGCGUAUUUUAACCAAGUAAAAUUUUUGCUCAUCUCAUGACUUUACAUCAGCAUGUAACAAAAUUAGGGCUUCCGCUGUCAGCUCUCCGCUUAUGCAAUGUAUGCAUAACGCUGAGAGAGUAAUGCCGAGAAAGUUUCAUCCAUUCGAUCCGGCAAUGUAAAUGUGGAGAUUGUUACCCGUCAGUUGAGAACAAUGCCCGUCAAACUCUGAGCAAAUGAUUCCAGAUCUUUAUAGUUUAAUCUUUUUAUUAUCACUGUUGGAGAAUGCCAAAUCUUGCAAUCACUGCCAACAAUUUGGAAAAAUCCUUCAUUUACUACA